GACAAGCUCCCAAAUGAAAAGAAAACAACACUGCAAGCCAGGGGCAACCAUCACGCAGUUCUAGGCUCGUCGAUUCGCGUGGACGACCAAUAAGUGAAUAUUCUCUUCUCGGCCUGCCAGCCGUCGACGGCAGCGGCACCAUGGUCGAGCAGUCGGACCGAGCCCCGCUCCUGGACUGGGAAGAGAUCCCACCGUCGUCCGACCCGAGCCAGGCGGCUCCGUCGCUACCUGCGGCGCCCAAGGAAAAGGGAGACGUGACGUCGCGGAAAAAAACUUCGACUCCAGUGUGUCUCCAGGUGACAGAGAUUGGCAGAAGGAACGACAAUUGCACCGCCAUCAGCUGCCCGACAGCUGUUGUUGACGGCCGGGAGAGAAGCCCGAUGGGCCGGGAAAAGCGUCCCAGCCAUAUACAGGGUCAGCCGGUUCCUCCCUUCCCGGAUGUGACAGUGAGAGAUCAGUGGGAGGAAAAAGAUCACAUCGUGGCUGUGUUUGUCGUCACCUUUAAUACACGGUCAGGGAACAUGGUCGAGUGGUGCUUACCUCAUGACAUUAACCUGGAUGGAGUUGAAUUCAAGUCAAUGGCCAGCGGUUCACAUAGGAUUACCAAUGACUUUGUAUAUUUCCGCAAAGGCUCUUACUUUGGGCUGGCCUGCUUUGCUAAUAUGCCUGUGGACAACGAAUUGGAACGGGGAGCCCGGAUGAAGUCUGUAGGAAUUCUGUCUCCUUCCUACACGCUGCUGUACCGCUACAUGCACUUCCUGGAGAAUCAAGUCAGACUCCAGUUAAAGAAUCCAUACCGCUAUUCCGCCCUGGAGGCCUUCUAUGAAGACAAGAAGGCCAUCCUUCCACCGACAGUAAACGGCCUAGUCACUGCUUGCCCUACCUGGAGUGUGACCACCAUCAACCGCUGUAUGCAUCCAGAAAUGAAGAUCACUCACCCGGCCGGCUGCAUGUCCCAGUUUGUCCAGUUUUUCGGGGAGCACAUAAUGGUUUUGUGGAAGUUUGCACUGCUUCGGAAGCGGCUCCUCAUCUUCUCCCCGCCACCUGUCGGUGUGGUCUGCUAUAGAGUUUACUGCUGUUGCAGCCUGGCCAAUGUCUCUUUACCUGGAAUUGGAGUGUCUGUGCCUGAAUUACGACCUUUCUUUUACAUCAACGUAGCUGACAUCCCUGCACUGGAAACAGAGAUGUCAUAUGUGGCCUGCACCACCGAGAAGAUUUUUGAAGACAAGAAGGAUUUGCACGAUCUGUAUAUUGAUAACCAAAAUGUGAAAACACACAGGAGCCAUUUACUGCCCUUGCUGCGAUUGAAUGCUGCAGAUAAAGAGAGAUACAGGAAACUGAGCGAACAGAGGCAAUUGUUGCUGUAUUCUCAAGAAGUGGAUGGAGACUGUACGUCGAAUGAGGAAGAUCUUUUUAUUGUGUUCUUCAUGGAGCUUAAUAACCGCAUCUUCCAGAUCCUUUCCGAGGUUGCGGGUAGUGCUGAUCCCACCUUAACGGCGGAGCAUGUGAGAGCCAUGGGGCUGGAUCCCCAGGGCGAUCGCUGUUUCCUGGUGGAGCUGCUGGAGAUGUACGGUGUUGAUGUCACUCUGGUUGUAGAUAACCUCUGCUGCCACUAGCCUUGGAAAUGCAGGAUUACACCAGUCGGCGGUGACUUUAAGAAACACAAACACACACAAACACUGAGACACUACUUACACCCCGAGCCUUCAUCUGUUGCCUGCUCUUCCAUUGUCGGUGUUUGUUUUCGUUUGUGUAAAUUGUGUCAUCUGGCUGUCUGUCGAAGUGGAAUGGACUCAGUCCUGGCUGAUGAUGCUGUGCUCUUUUAGCCAUUUUAUUACUGUACUCUUUUUGUUUGUGUUUCCCCCAACACUGGAUAUGUGCUCGAUAAUAUUACGGUGUGAGCGAUGCCUCCCUGUGCACCAAUCAGUGAAUUGCACUGGAAUGGAAUUGGACUGUCUGUCAUUCUGCUGUGAUCCUUGUCCAUUUGUGAGAGCAUUGACCACUCUUUUGGCUUUACAAAAAAAGAAGCAAUAGAAGUGUGCAUCUUUGCCGGCGAUGGGCCUUUCACAUUAUUUCGUAAAUCGUUCACAUUUUGGCACCUUCAUCUUGAGUUAGGUUCUCAAUGAAUGUGAUUCUAUGACACGUUAUUAUGAAUGCUGCAUCUUUUUACGCCAUUUGCCACGGGACUAUUUGUCACACUGAUCAUGCAUCUUACACGCUCAGAAAAAAAAAUCAUUGUAUCCUGGGGUACGAUGUUUUCUUACUGCAACUCAAAGGUACUCUUGUAUUUGUACUGUUUGUACCUGUACCUCUUGAGUCCAGAAGUGUGUGAAUGCUGAGAGACAAGCAAUGCUUGUAUUAGCACACGCAACAAAUUGGGGGGAAAAAGUUGACUACAUUCUUCUCACAGGCUGAAUUGGGCAGCUGCACCAAAAUUGGCUAUGUGAACCAUCGUAUUACCAAAUGGUCGCUAGAAGUGAUUUUAUGGAGACAAAUAAUGAUGACGUGGUUAGUGACAAUUGUAUUCAAUACAAAUGCUGUGAUGUCAUCCACGGUUCUGCUUACAGCAGUAGUUUGCUAGUGUAUCAACUUGCAUUAGAGUCCUCAACUGCAUUUUGCAACAUUUCUGAGAUCUCUUAGAAUUCACACUUGACUUCGAAGGGAAAAUUAUUGGCCCUAUGGCAUACAUUAGUGUGGAUUACAUCUGGGUGGAGAGAAAUAGACUUCUAUGGGACCCUCAUUUCUGACACUUUAAGGGGAUUUGUGUGUUGUUCCUGAAACACUGUUGAGGCUGUUCAUCCGCUUCUCUUUGUUCUCAGCUUUUUGAAUGAAGGGUCCUUGAUGGAGCGCAGAGGAGAUCCUCCUCCUGCCUUGUGUCUCUGUGACAAAGUUCUCUUUGUAUUGCGAUGCUAGGCAGCAGCUUUAACUCUUCCUCAUUGAAAUUCACAAAAUUAAAAACCUCCCCCGCUUCUCUCUUUUCAUCACCGUCUCUUUGAGUAAAUCCAAGUCUGGAGUGGGAUCAAGUGUGUUUGAACACUGCUAGCAAACUGUGGAAGUAAUCCAUCGCAGUGCCAGUCUCCAAUAAUUUUGUUCCAUGUUGGAACACCAAGGCUGGGGCUAAUAUAAAUUCACAGAGGUGGUUCUCAAAUGUCUCAAAAAUUAACCCCUAUCCAAGCGAGGAACUACUAAUUUAGAAGGAUGCCAGAAACAGCUUUAUUGUGGUUUGACACCAUGCUUCCUAGGUUGGUUUAUUAAACAUCAAGUGCAAUUUGUACUGUACAUAUUUAAAAUAACAAAAACUUAAGCUUUGUUUAUUUUUUAACGGGGCCUUAAGGAAAUAUGACUUAUGACAUCAGUGCGUCACUGUUAUACUGUAUGCGAUUAAGUAUAGUAUAUAUAAGUAUAUGAAUGCUCUGUUGCCUUGGACCAGUCUAUUUACUUUCCAGCAGCCAAGAUUAUUUGCAUUCCUGGUGUACAUGCAAUGUCAAAAGUGGGUUGACAUACACACAAAUACACAAAUGUGUAAGACUCAUUGUGGAGAUGCUCACCGAUGCAUACCAGCAUUAGCUACAAUUACUGUUUGUAUAAUGUGCCACUCUGAAUGUCCAAGACACACAUUGUACAUUUUCUACUUGACUGUAGUGUAUACCAAGAACAGUCACUGGAAUUAAACAUUAAAACACAUCUGAAGUCAAUAGCAUGAGCAACUGUUAAUUACACUGUACUUUGUAUAACAAUAAAACAUUUGUCUUUUCUGUCCA